CAUAGCAGCAGCAGCAGCAGUCAGAGAAGAGCUAUUAGUGAUCUGCUGUUUGUGUUUACUGUACACUGUGUCCAAUCACCACAGACGCUUAGAUGGUGAGACUAUGAUGUAAUUAGUGAUCAUUGUAUAACUACAUUGGAGACAAGUAAAUAAGAAAAAAAGGGUAUACCAGUGUUGCAGAAAGAUAGUGAGGAAGAGGAAGCUAUCUAGAUAAGGCCACUGAUUCCUGCCUACUCGCGCGCCUUUGCAGUGCAGGUGUGAGGUGUCCCUGCAACGCCCACUGCUUGGAGGUCACUUGUAACAAGAUCCCAACACGUCAGGUGGUAUUAUGAUCUGCCAGGAGCAUCUGCACUCAGCGGAUGGUGAGGAGAACAAGCAUCCCAGCGAGGUGGUGGUGGUGGUGUCUAGAGGUCAGCAGCGGACUGUCUCUACCUUGACCUGGCCAAAAAUAGCUUGGAGAAGACAUUUUUAAACCGCUCGAAACUUGGUGACUGACGACUUGUAUAUUCAAUUGCGUCUAUUUGUGUGGCAAUUAAGUUAUUAGCGUCACAUUUAAUUAACUAACUGCCAAUAAUAUCUACAUAGUGCAGACAAGCGUACAGCCUUUGCCUCCUUGAAAGAUUGAAGUUGCACGGUGUGAAUCAAGAAAUAUAAGACUGAUACAUCGUUUUACCAAAUAAAAUAAUAAUAAUCCAGUGCCAUGAAGCUGCUUCCAGAAUCCUCGGGUUUUGAGGCAAUCAAUAGUGCCCUCAACAUUGAGACUGUUGAUGCCAGCAUUAUGGGAAGGCUAGAGAGCUAUUCCUGCAAAAUGGUGGGUCAGGAGAAGGCAUUGUAUAAACGGUUCCACAGCUUCUCUGGCUUGAGUGACAUGCAGGCUCUCUCACCACCUCAGUCCAUGAUGGAAGCCUCCUCUCCUCACUCACAUGCUAAAUUAAGAUCUAUUCUCAGGAGUUCGCAAAGCAGUGGAGGUGAGGAUAGUCCGCUGGCUGACAAAAUCAACCGCAAGACUCUUUUCUACCUCAUCUCCACCCUAAAUGCAGCGUUUUAUCCUGACUAUGACUUCAGCAAUGCCUCUUCUCAGGAGUUUUCUCGGGAGCCUUCUGUUGAGUGGGUGAUGCGCACAGUUCAGAAGCAGAUGAUGGCUGUUGCCAGAGCAGAAUUUAUGGCAGUUGAGUCAGAGCUUUGGGCUGCAUUGGACAGUGCCAUUUGUCUACGCGAGUGUGAGAUUUACUCCUACAAUCCUGAUCAGACAUCUGAUCCCUACUCAGAGGAUGGUUGCCUUUGGUCCUUCAACUACUUCUUCUACAACUCCAGAUUGAAGCGCAUUGUAUUCUUUACUAUGCGGUCUGUGUCCCAGUACUGUGCCACACCCCUUGACACAGAAAUGAUUGGAGACACAUGCAUGGACUUUGAAGAUGAUGAUUAGUAAAUAUGAGAUGUUGUACUGAUCUUGAGGCUCUUUUUUGUCAUAACAAAUAAGGAGCAUGAUGAUGUGGACCCAAUUGGUUGCUAUUUUUAUUUGCAAUCUGAAAUGGAUUAACUAUGACAAACCAACUUGAUGAAGAAGGAUUGCAAAACUUGGUAGAGUUUUCUUCUUCAGUAAUUGAAAUGAUACUGACUCUUGAAUUAUUUUGUGUAUAUAAAGGUAGAAAUACUGAUCCCCUAACAUUAGGGUAUGGCUGCAACUGAUGACAUAGAGAAUGUCAAAGCACAGCACUAACCAACCCUAUAUAGUUUUGUAUUCUGGUAUAUGGCUUGGGUGGGUGAUAUGUGCCUUUAAGGUACAUUAAAGUAUAAUGGGUUUUUCUUGCCUCUGUAGUCUGAUUUCCUAACAUCCAUUGUCAGUAUUUGUCUGUUCUUUCUUGAACUGGUAGACUAUUUCUAAAAAUUCUGAAAUCCCCUGCAUGAACAUGAUAAAGAAAGAGUUAUUUUGUCCAAAUGGUAAAUUGUGAACAAACUACAGAUGAGGAGUAAUGGAAUGAUGUAUUUGCUUUAUUACUAGAUGUUAUGCAAUCAGACUGAGAGGAACAAGGGAGAGGAAUUCUCUCUUUUAUUUCACCAUCCAUUGGGAGCAGUUGUCUCUGUGAGAGCAAGGCAGGCAAGGAACAGUAGCAAGACUAUUACAUGUUCAUUCACCAUCUACUGGUGUUGUAUGCAUCACAUGACUUGUGCAAAAAUAAAGAUAUUAAUUUUAACAUAC